CGGGGGGGCCCCCGGGGGGGCCCCCGGGGGGGCCCCCGGGGGGCCCCCCGAAGAGGUGAAGGGGGCCCCUCUGUCUGCGUAUUUGAGUUAUGCUGCAGCAGCUUUGCUGCAGGAGAAAAGAAGGUGCGACUUUGCGCUGCAUGCGGCGUCGGGGGGCCCCCUGAUAGAAGCGGUUUUGGGGGCCCUCGUGAGGGCCCCCAAAAGGGUACUGAGCAGCGUGGGGGCCCUUGAGGUGUAUCUACACUCGGGAGACAAAACUCAUUUAAAACUCCUUUUCCAACUUUUCGGAGUUGCAGAAGAAUUGCUGCUGCUGAAGAAGAACGUUCUUGCUGCAGUUCGCCGCCAGGGGGAGGCGCUGCUGGCCUCCCUCAAGCCCAGCAGCAGCAGCAGCAGCAGCAGCAGCAGCAGCAGCAGCUGCAGCAGCAGCAGCAGCAGCAAGGACUUCAUUCCCAAGCUGCUGCAGAUGAAGCAAACCCACGAGGCUGUCUUUGCGGAGGCCUUUGCAGCAAACCAGGAGUUUGCGUUGGGCCUCAAAGAGGCCUGGGGUGCGUUUUUGCUCGCAGAUGCGCCGACAGUGAAUGCCGUGGCGCGUCUCCUCUCACUUCACGUUGAUGGCAUCAUAAGAAGCUGCUCGAGGGGCCCCCAACGGGGCCCCCUGGGGCCCCUUAGGGGCCCCCCUGGGGGCCCCCAGGGGGGCCCCCCUGGGGGGCCCCUUUGGGGGCCCCUCGAGGGGCCCCUUGGGGACCCCGAGGGGCCCCUGAGAGAAGCUGAAAAGGACUUGGAAAAAGUAAUAGGACUAUUUGCUCUUAUUGCUGGAAAAGAUGCUUUUGAGCAAUUUUACCGAAUUGACCUUUCGAGGCGUUUGCUGCUGAUGGGGCUUUCCAACGAAACCCUCGAGAAAACCUUCAUGCAGAGGCUGCGAGACGGACCCAACUUGUUCUUCAGUGUUGAUUCAAACUGGCUGUUCUCUUUCUGUGUAUCCGCACCUUCGGGUGUAUCUGCAGCUCCGGGUGUAUCUGCAGCUUCGGGUGUAUCUGCAGCUUCGGGUGUAUGUACACCUCCGGGUGUAUCGGCAGCUUCGGGUGUAUCGGCAGCUUCGGGUGUACAGGCAGUUUCGGGUGUACAGGCAGUUUCGGGUGUACCUGCAGCUCUGGAUCCGUUUGGAAGUUUGCGGAAUUUAUUUGAAAAUUAUUUUAAAAGAAAUUCAACUGGAAAGAAAAUCAAAUGGGUUCCGGAAAUGGGUUGCUGCGAGCUGCGGGCGCGGCUGGGAGCAGCAGCAGCAGCAGCAGCAGCAGCAGCAGCAGCAGCAGCAGCAGGGGUGCGGAUUCUGCCUGAAGCAGAACUGGCCAGAGAAGUGGGGGCCCUUUGCCUUCCUGCUGCAGAGAUAUUAAUUAAGGAGACUGUCAACGAGGGCGGGAGCGCGGGGGAGGCCGCCGGCGAGGGCGACCUGAGCCACCAGCUGGACGCGGGGAUUGUGAGGCUUUUGAAAAGACAGUCUUUUAUUAAACAUCAAGAACUUUUAAUUCUUUUGACAAAAACUUUAAAUAAACCUUUUGACUCUUCUCUUUUGAAAAAAAGAAUCGAAAGCCUCAUCGACAGAGACUACAUCGCCAGAGACCCUCACGACAGCCAGGCCUACCGCUACGUCGCUUGA